CUGCAGCGUCUCGCCCUCCUGCCUCCCGACAUCCAUCACCCACCAUGAGCGCACACGCCUUCAACUCGCGCCGCAGCACCGUGCACAGCUCGCGCGGCCUCGUGUCCUGCUCGCAGCCGCUGGCCGCGUCGGCAGGCAUCGCCGUGCUCAACGCUGGCGGCAACGCAGCCGACGCCGCCGUCGCCGUCGCCGCGGCGCUCAACGUCACCGAGCCCAACUGCACGGGCAUCGGCGGCGAUGCCUUCUGCCUCUUCUGGGACGCUCGCGAGAAGCGCGUGCGCGGCAUCAACGGCAGCGGCCGCGCGCCCGAGGCCAUGACGCUGCAGCGCCUGCAGCAGGCCGGCCUCAAGGAGGGCAUCAUCCCGCUCGAGAGCGUGCACAGCGUCACGGUGCCCGGCGCGCCGGCCUGCUGGGACGACACGGUGCGCCUCUUUGGCGCGCGUGCACACGGCGACAAGGACGGCCCGACGCUGGCACAGGUGCUGGCGCCGGCCAUCCGCCUGGCCGACAAUGGCUACCCGGUGUGCGCCGUGGCGUCGGGCGACUGGGUGCGCUCCGAGGCGCUCAUCAAGCGCGCCAGCCCCAAUUGGGCCGAGAUGAUGCACUCGUCGGGCAAGGCGCCGCGCGAGGGCGAGUUCAUGCGCAUGCCCAACCUCGCGCGCACCUUCCGCGAGCUGGCCAGCAAGGGCAAGGCCGGCUUCUACGAGGGCCGCAUCGCCGGGGAGAUCGUCAAGGUGUGCGGCGACCUCGGCGGCCUCAUGACGCUCGAUGACCUCAAGCACCACGGCGAGGUCGGCAGCAACGAGAUCACGCCCAUCUCGUACCUGUACAAGGGCGCCGCCGGCCAGAAGGACCCGUCGAAGGCCGUGCGUCUGCACGAGUGCCCUCCGAACGGCCAGGGCCUCGUGGCGCUAGAGGCGCUCUCCAUUCUCGACGAGCUGCAGGCCAGCGGCGCCGUGCCGGACCUCCUCUCGCUGGAGCACAACAGCCCCGAGUACCUGCACGCGCUCAUCGUGGCGCUGCGUCUUGGCUUUGCCGACGCUGGCAAGUACGUCGCCGACCCGGACUUUGAGGGCGCCAAGCACGUCGAGGCCAUCCUCAGCCCGGCCUACGCGAAGGAGCGCGCCAAGGUCUUCGACGCCAAGACGUUCAAGCCCGUCGAGCACGGAAACCCGCGCAACUCGAGCGACACGGUGUACUUUAGCGUCGUGGACCAGGAGGGCAACGCCUGCUCGUUCAUCAACUCGAACUACGCCGGCUUCGGCAGCGCCAUCAUCCCCGCCGGCUGCGGCUUCACGCUGCAGAACCGCGGCUCAGGCUUCGUGCUCGAAGAGGGCCACGCCAACUGUGUCGCGCCGCGCAAGCGGCCAUACCACACCAUCAUCCCGGCGAUGGCCACGCGCGAGGUGAAUGGCGAGGCUGAGUGCUGGCUCAGCUACGGUGUCAUGGGCGGCUUCAUGCAGCCGCAGGGCCACGUGCAGGUGCUGCUGAACAUGCUGCGCGGCAUGAGCCCACAGCAAGCCAUCGACUCGCCGCGCCUCAUGAUCGGCGCCGGCACGCCCGACCAGGGCGACGUGCUCUCGACCGUGUUCCUCGAGGACGGCAUCGACGAGUCGGCCGUCGAGGUGCUGCGCGGCAUGGGCCACGACGUCAAGCACGUGCAGGGCUGGGACAAGCGCGGCCAGUUCGGCAAGGGCCAGUGCAUCGCUCGCAUCGACUACGGCGCGGGACGCAGCGCAUGGGCUGCCGGCUCAGACCCGCGCGGCGACGGCUGCGCUGUGCCGCAGGUGUAAUGCAAUGCAUUCGCAGGUCA